AGAUUAUUUUCUCAGCAAAUUUUCUUUCCUUAAUAUAACCUGAUUGGUGAAUUUCAUACGCUAAAACCAUUUUUGAUCCUGACUUUUUAUCUUUUCCUUUUAUUCAAUAAACAGGUUGCAAUCUGAACUGAUGGCCCUAAUGAUGAGUGGAGAUACUGGAAUAUCAGCUUUCCCUGAGGAAGACAAUAUAUUCCACUGGAAAGGAACAAUUAUUGGCAGCAAAGACACAGUAUUCGAAGGGACGGAAUACAAGUUAUCACUUUCAUUUCCUCCCGAUUACCCUUUCAAGCCUCCAAAGGUCAAAUUCGAGACGAGCUGCUUUCAUCCCAACUUCGAUAUGCACGGAAACAUAUGCUUGGACAUAUUACAGGAUAAAUGGUCAUCUGCCUACGAUGUAAGAACAAUACUGCUAUCGAUUCAGAGCUUGCUUGGAGAGCCGAACACGAGUUCACCUCUCAACACACAAGCAGCAUCACUAUGGGGAAAUCAAGAAGAGUACAGGAAAAUGGUGGAGAAAUUUUACAAGCCUAGUGGAUAAAAGGCAAAUGUGUUUCAUCUGCUCAUUCUUUCCAUAUUACUGCUGUGAAGGAAAAAUAAAGCUUUCAUUUAGAAAAUCAAAUAGCACAAUUCUUUCCAUUUUUACAACAGAAAAGGAAUAUCGUAUACUCUGUGUGUGCAUGUUUUUCUCUUGGAAAGUCUUCGAAUUUGAAGCAAUAUACUAGAUGAAUGGAAGAUAUGCUAGUGAAUCUUGCGUAAAAAGCUU